AUGCUGCUUCGUGGGAUCCAUCACUCUUCAAGGCCUCUGGUGAACAGCUUCCAGCAAGUCUGUUCCGGUUUCUACCUGAUCGCUGAAGACCUCUCUGGGAUGGAGUCGCUGCUCAGCAAGCUCAAGCGAUGGGCGAGGCACAGGAUUCUCUGUGUACUCCCGCUUAUACCAGAAGAAGAAUUCCAGAACUUUCUUGAGAACAAGGUGGGCCUCUUCAGAGAUGCAGAGGUGUUGGUCACCAUGACGGAGAGCUCGAUUGGCUACCAACUGACUUAUACCCUGCGGAGGUUUACACCUAUCAAGUAUCACGGGAUGCAGUGGUUACAUGAAACGGCAAGAGGCAAGCAGGAUUUCCACGGGAGAGAGAUUAAAGUAGCGACAUUCAACUGUUCUACCUUCUCCAGAAUUAAUUAUCCUUACUUAGACGGCUCGGAGAUGGCGAUCUUCCUGGAGGUGGCCAGGAGACUAAACCUAACCUACAGGUUCAUCGUGCCCAACGGGAGCAGGUUCCCGCUGGGAGUGCUGAAGGAUGGUCUGUGGCGUGGCGGGCUCCUGGGUCUGCUGGCCUCCGACGAAGCCGAUGUCGGGUUCUGCGGCCUCUGGAUAGCCAACAACAAGAUAGGUACCGGCGUGGAGAUGUCAGUGUCACUGAAGAGGAUCUGUAUGAUGUACCUCGUACCCAGGCCCGUACCCCUGAGCUCGGAGUGGUACGGCAUCUUCUCUCCCUUCACGAUGAACCUCUGGCUCGCCAUCAUCCUGGUCUACCUGUCGGUCAGCCUCCUCUUGCCGGCCAUAGCCUACCUGGACUCCAAGAUUUCUGUUUUCGAAUGUCGUUACCUCACGUUUAAAAGAAGUUGGAUACUGCUGGCGGGGAUGCUGCUGCAAGGGGAUUGGAUGAGGAGCACGCACAGCCAGGGUCCGUGCAGGCAUCUCAUAGCCUGGUGGACAGUGUUCUCCUUACUGAUCGGGAGCGUGUUCUCCGGAAGCCUGGCCUCCUACCUCACCAGGUCCGGGUACACCUGGAAGCCGGAGACCAUCGAGGACCUCGUCAGCACCGGCUACCUCUGGACGACGACCAGGGUACCCGUCGUAGCGACUCUCUUCAACCUCAACGAUCCAGUGCACCAGGAGUGGACCCGGAGGAUCAGGGUAGUGAAGACUCAAGAGGAACUUCACAAUGCCUUAAGGAAGCUAGACAACGUGGUCAUGGGCAUCUACACCUUCGGCAUCUUCUCUUUGAUGGACGAGGACAUAGAAGACAACGUCCUCAAAGCAUACGAGGUAUCUUCCUACUGCUUCACCGAAUUCUACUUGGGGUUCGCCUUUAGACGUGGUUCGCCCUAUCUCAAGUUCUUCAACGAGCAGCUGAAGAACAUGAUAGAGACCGGGUUCAUCCACUACUACAUGAAGGCCACCAUGGAGAGGACCAUGAAGGAGAAGAAGUACAUGUACCAGGUCACGCGGCUCUCCAAGAACAGCGCCCACGGCUCCAACCUCACCCUCGCCUCUCUCAAGGGCAUCCUCGAGUUCUGGGUCUGCGGACUCCUCAUCUCCACCGCCGUCUUCUGCGCCGAGCUGGCUUCCGAUCCUCUCGCCGGGUACCUCCGCGCCAGCAGGUUCUGUCUCCUCAGGAAGAGCGUCGGCCUCUUUCAGGACGAGAAGAUUGUGAAAUAAAGAUAUACUUGCUUGUCAAUUUUAAUCAAUCUUUCAAAUUAAU